UACACACACUUACAAGGCAUAGAUUCAGAUGCUUCAGAAGAUCAUUAAAUUGUGCUGAGGCAAACAGCACUGGCACACCAGUCGACAGGACUGGCUAAACCACUGGAGAAGACGUGGGACUGGCCUGGUGCUAAAUCUGAAAGGAUGAAACUCCUGUAAAAGCCAACUGAACCCCCCCCAAAAUGCCACGGCCACUUCUUGCAGGCUGCUCACAUUCCCGAGGCCUGAAUGAGGAGGAAGAGAAAAUCCAGCCGUGCUACCACCACCAUACAGAACCUCCUCCAGAGCACAGCAAGAGUCUCAUAAGUCCUGGAGACAGUCAGCUGAAAGAUCCAGAUGACCCAGCCGCAUCUUCUGUGAAAGGUUUGGCUAAAAAUAAGACCCGCUGUUCAACAAGACAACACGAAGCAAAAAAUAGAAAUUACAGAAAGAAAAUGGCUAGGCAGGCCCUUGACCUUGAAGAAGUGCCUCUGUCCCCUGAACCAUUGGGUUUAAGCCUGGAUUUUCAAGAGCCAUUAUACAAGGAGCCAACAGUUUCUGAUAACCUGUCAGAUGAUGAAGAUUGGACAGGGACGUAUCCACCAUCUGUCUAUGACAAAGCACACAUGUCCAGGGUCACCAAUGUCGCCCAGUGUGGUCCAUACAAUUACAACCAAGCCACGCUUUCCGGGAUGGAAUCUUUUUCUUCAUGGCCUUUCAGUAACAAUGAAGCAUGUAUUGGGUGUCCUUCUCAUGCCAAGGCAGCUGAAGGCUAUGCUGCCCAUGAAGAGCCUAUAGGAGACGUAGAGUAUGGAUCUCCCCAGCUGAGCUAUCAAGAGCUCAAAGAAGAAAAUUCUAUGCUGAGGAGGAAGAUCAAAAGGAUCCAGAACUUCUCAGAAAGCCAGACACAGAUGGUGAGAAACCUUGAGAGGACCCUGCAAGCCACAGUGACUAAAGAGGAGAAGGAAGCUCAGGAUCUGGAAGCGCUGAUGCAACAGGCGGAACACAACCUCCAGUCCAUGACUCAGAGAGCACUGAAAGCGGAGUGUGAGAUGGAGAAGAUGAAGCAAGAGAUGUCCUUCCUCCAGGCUGAGGUGGCCUGCUACAAGAUGGAGAAUGAUAGUCUGCGGUCGGGCCGGUCUGCCAACAUGGGGGCGGUGAAACAGCACGUCGACAUUGCUUUGCAGAACCUCCUCAGGGUCACCAAUCAUGCCCAUGCUACCAUCCAUCAGCUGGUCUUUGGAGCCGAAACACUGACACUUGUCGCUGACCUCCUUAAAUCUGUAGGCCGAAUGUCUGAAGUUGAAAAGGAAGAUGGAGAGAAGAAACAAGCCUAGGGGACUCUCUCUUGCCUGCGAGUGUAUGUUCUUUUAGUGCCGUGGAGACUUCACUGUUUGCUCAUUUGUUGAGGCAUUGUAUGGCUUCAAAUAAGCAACCUCUCUCUUUCCCCCAGAAGUACUUUUAUUACAUAAUGGAAUAUUAAUUUCA